AUGUCGCUCGAAAUACCGUUGAUGAACACCGAUGAGGUGAUCGAGUUAGAUCCCGAGCAGUUACCAUCAGGUGAUGAAGUGCUGAGCAUAUUGCAGCAAGAACGUUCCCAGCUUAAUGUUUGGAUAAAUGUUGCGCUCGCGUACUACAAACAAAAGAAGAUCGAUGAUUUCCUUAAAAUCCUGGAAGAGUCCCGUGUGGACGCCAAUAUUGACUAUAGAGAUUUUGAAAGAGAUCAAAUGCGGGCCCUCGAUAUGUUGGCGGCAUAUUACGUUCAAGAAGCCAACAAAGAGAAGUCGAAAGACAAGAAAAAGGAGUUGUUUACUAAAGCAACAUUACUGUACACCAUGGCCGAUAAAAUUAUUAUGUAUGACCAGAAUCAUCUUCUCGGAAGAGCUUAUUUUUGCCUCCUUGAGGGUGACAAAAUGGAACAAGCAGAUGCGCAGUUUAAUUUUGUUCUCAACCAAUCGCCGAACAAUGUGCCGUCUUUACUUGGCAAAGCAUGCAUUGCAUUUAAUCGUAAAGAUUAUAGAGGUGCUUUGGCAUUCUACAAAAAAGCACUAAGAACAAAUCCUGACAGUCCUGCUGCUUUACGGCUUGGUAUGGGUCACUGUUUCAUGAAACUUAAUAAUCAGGAGAAAGCCAGAAUGGCCUUUGAAAGAGCUUUGCAGUUGGAUCCACAAUGUGUUGGUGCUCUGGUUGGUCUUUCUAUUCUUAAAUUGAAUCUGCAAGAAAGUGAAUCAAACAAAAUGGCUGUCAUAAUGUUGUCCAAAGCUUAUGCUAUUGACCCAAAAAAUCCUAUGGUCUUGAAUCAUUUAGCAAACCACUUCUUUUUCAAAAAGGACUACAGCAAAGUUCAGCACUUAGCUUUGCAUGCAUUCCAUAAUACGGAGAAUGAAGCAAUGCGAGCAGAGAGCUGUCAUCAUCUCGCAAGAGCGUAUCAUGCUCAAGGUGACUGUGAUCAGGCUUUCCAAUAUUACUACCAAGCAACACAGUUUGCUCCACCUAAUUUCGUUCUACCCCACUACGGUCUGGGUCAGAUGUAUAUCUACAGAGGUGAUACUGAAAACGCUGCUCAAUGUUUCGAGAAGGUAUUGAAAGCGCAACCAGGUAAUUACGAGACAAUGAAGAUCUUAGGCUCUUUGUACGCUAAUUCGCCAUCACAAUCUAAACGAGAUAUCGCGCGUCAACAUUUGAAGAAAGUUACGGAGCAAUUUCCAGAUGAUGUGGAGGCGUGGAUCGAACUAGCACAGAUAUUGGAACAAAAUGAUUUGCAGGGUUCGUUGAAUGCAUACAGCACAGCAAUGAAGAUUCUUAAGGAGAAAGUGGAUGCUGAUAUUCCCGCUGAAAUAUUAAACAAUGUAGCUGCCUUACAUUACAGGCUAGGGAAUUUAAAUGAAGCUAAGAAUUAUCUAGAAGAAGCUCUCGAAAGAGAAAAGGCUGAUGCUGAAACUUUAGAUGCUCAAUACUAUAAUUCAAUAGCUGUUACAACCAUGUAUAAUUUGGCAAGACUCAACGAGGCAUUAUGUGUAUAUAAUAAGGCAGAAAAACUUUACAAAGAUAUAUUGAAGGAGCACCCUAAUUACAUAGAUUGCUAUUUAAGAUUGGGAUGUAUGGCCAGAGACAAAGGUCAGAUAUACGAAGCGUCAGAUUGGUUCAAAGAAGCCUUGAAGGUGAACCUCGAGCAUCCUGACACGUGGUCGUUAUUGGGCAAUCUCCAUCUUGCCCAACAGGAGUGGGGUCCCGGACAGAAGAAGUUCGAGAGGAUAUUGCAGAACUCCUCCACUUCCACCGAUGCAUAUUCCCUUAUUGCUCUCGGGAAUGUUUGGCUGCAAACUUUACAUCAGCCGUGUCGUGAAAAGGAUAGAGAGAAACGGCAUCAAGAACGGGCACUGGCAAUGUACAAACAGGUUCUCAAGAACGACCCUAAAAACAUUUGGGCAGCUAAUGGCAUCGGCUGUGUUCUAGCUCACAAGGGCUGCGUCAAUGAAGCACGCGACAUUUUCGCACAAGUUCGCGAAGCCACUGCCGAUUUCCCCGAUGUCUGGAUGAACAUCGCACAUAUAUACGUGGAACAGAAACAGUACAUCAAUGCUAUACAAAUGUACGAGAACUGCAUCCGUAAGUUCCGUAUGCACCAUGACGUGGAAUGGCUGACUUGGGUGGCCCGCGCGCACGGUCUGGCCGCCCGUCCCGCGGCCGCCCGCUCCGCUUUACUGCGGGCGCGACGCGUGGCCCCGCACGACCCCGCGCUAUUGUAUAACACCGCCUUAACACUGCGAAGACUCGCCGCGCACGUGCUCAAAGAUGAACGCUCCGAAUUACACCGUGUGUUGCGCGCCGUGCACGAGCUGCAAGUGUCCCACAAGUACUUCCAGCGGCUGUCGCUGGCGGAGGGGGGAGGCGGGGAGGGCGUGGAGCGCGCCCGCUACGAGCCGGCGGCGGCGGCGGCGGAGGCGCGCACGUGCGCGGACCUGCUGUCGCAGGCGCAGUGGCACGUGGCGCGCGCGCGCCGCCAGCACGACGAGGAGGUCACGCUGCGCGACCGGCAGCGGGAGCAGCGCGACGCGUUCAGGAGGCAGCAGGAAGAGGAGCGUCGCCGUCGCGAGGAAGAACAACAGAAGAGCACAGUGGAAAUGCUUCAAAAGCGUCAAGAGUUCAAAGAGAAGACGAAGAAUGCUUUACUAUUCGCCGAUAUGCCUAAUGAGGGCAAAUCUAAAGGCGGCGGCAGGGGAAGGCGUAAGGACGAGUAUAUAUCCGAUUCGCCGGGCAGCGGCAGUGACGCACCCAGAGAGGAAGGCCGGGAACCGAAACAAAAGGGACGUCGUAAGCGCGAACCAGGUGAAGGGCGUAAAGGAAAAUCCAAGAAACGCAGAGAGGCUAGAGGAAGUGGCAGCGAUAGUGAUCCACCACGCAAGAGGGGCAGGAAGAAGGGUGAAAAAGGUAUCGGGCGUCGCGAAAAAGCGAAAGCAGCCGAUGAGAAGCUCAGCGCUAAACAGAGAGCGAAGAUCGUAUCGAAGGAGACCAUCUCUACUUCCGAGUCCGAUUCGGACGGAGGCGGCCGCAAGUCUCGUAGCCGUAGCCGCAGCGGCAGUCGUAGCGGCAGCGGUAGCCGUAGCCGUAGUCGUAGCGGCAGCCCGCCUGCUACGAAGGGCAGGAAGAGGAUCAUGUCAGCGUCAGAUAGCGACAAGUCCCGUUCGCGCUCCCGAAGCAGGUCUAAAUCCAAAUCUCGCAGCCGUUCGAGGUCCAAAAGCGGAUCUCGCUCUAAAAGCCGCUCGAGAUCGAGGAGUCGAUCGAAAUCUAGGAGCCGAUCGCGAUCAAAGAGCCGAUCUAGGUCAAGGUCAAAAAGUCGUUCCCGCUCGAAGAGUCGAUCGAGGUCAAAGAGUCGCUCGAGGUCAAAGAGUCGAUCGCGCUCCAAAAGUCGAUCCAGGUCAAAGAGCGGUUCCAGAUCGAAAAGUCCAUCGAGAUCACGCUCCAGGUAA